CAUCGAAAUGUGGGAAUACCGGCGGAUACGUUCAGCUUUUCUUAUUAUUCUUCACGAAAGAGCGCUCUAAAUUCGUGGAGGUCCCAAGCACGAGACCAGGUGUUGUGUCGCCGUGUUGGCAAAUCAUGUCUCUCUGUUGCUGAGACCUCAGGGCCUGUCGUGUGGGUAUAUAUAUAUAUAUAUAAAGCCACUUGAGGAGUUACGCUGCAGAUGAUAGAUUUGGUGAAUGUUUGUGUGAGAGAAAAAAUGGAAGAAAAUAAGAUCGUGGGAUGGAGGAAGGAUGAUUCGCAUUGGCUUUUGAGUAUAGAAGAGGAUGAUGAAGAGAUGAAAGGCUCUUUUCCUCAGCCGCCGACGCCCAAGGAGCCGAUGGAUUUCUUGUCCAGAUCUUGGAGCCUCUCUGCUUCUGAGAUUUCCAAGGCUCUUCUUGCCCAGAAGCAAAAACAUGCCUUUCACAACAAUAAACCGGAUGCCAUUCCUGAGGCAGACGAUGAUGUUGCACUUCCACAGAAUAAUAAUCUUUCAAGACAGAUGAAGCAGAGAAAUGGGCGGAAAACUGUAGGGAGGUGGUUCAAUCCAAAAGAGUAUAGUAUUAGCAGUAGCGGGGGGGUCCAGAAGAAAGACAAAGCGCGGCUGGAAAAGGCGCAUAUGCAUGCUGUCCUGUCGGUGGCAGGGCUAGCGGCAGCGGUGGCGGCCGUGGCGGCAGAAGCAGACAAUGACAACAGCAGCUCCGGCGCCGCCCUGGCAUCCGCCACGGAGCUCCUCGCCUCUCACUGUAUAGAAAUGGCGGAAUCGGCGGGAGUGGAGCAUGAACGCGUGGCCGCGGUGGUUAGAUCCGCCGUCGACAUUCGCUCUGCUACUCAUCUUUUAACUCUCACUGCUGCAGCCGCCACAGCGUUGAGGGGAGAGGCGGCUCUGAAGGCGAGAUUGCCAAGAGAAGCAAAGAGAAAUGCAGCUAUAAGUCCUUGUGACAAAGCAGCAUUAUUAAUGGAAGCUUACCCAGCAGCUACUAAUCACAAAGAAAUGGAAGAAGAUGAUCCCCCCUUUGAAGGUGACUUGCUGCAAAUCACCCGAAAAGGACUGCUGAGAUGGAAACAUGUAUCUGUCUAUAUAAACAAGAACUAUCAGGUAGUAAUCAAGUUGAAGAGCAAGCAUGUUGGUGGAGCCUUUUCCAAAAAGAAUAAAAGUAUUGUAUAUGAAGUCUUUGAUGACACUACAGCAUGGCCAUUCAAGAAGGAAAAGGAGAAUGGGGAAAUAUAUUUUGGGGUGAGAACUGCACAGGCACUUCUAGAGUUCAAAUGCAAGAAUAAAAUCCACAGACAGAAAUGGGUUGAUGGAAUACAAAAUCUUCUUCACAGGGCCACUUCCAUUGAAGAAUCUGAGAACUCUCUCAGAAUGUUAAACAUCAAUAAGAGCAUUUGACAAAUUCACUUUUUGCCCCCUUUCUGGUUUGGUAUUUCACGAUGUCAGUUUAGAUUUUAAUAACACAAAUGGUGAUUUGUUUGUAGAAUUUCUGUAAAUUAUUUGGUCAUUAAGAUGGAUAGUGGCUUCAGAAGACAGAAAUCCCACUCUGUUCCCAGAUUCUCAAAUAAUUUGAGGGUCUAUUUGGUUAUUU